CACUGCGCCUGGGGUUUGUCUACUAGAUAAAAAAGGAGUGUAGAUUGUAUUCGUGGCUCCGUCUCUGGGCUGAUCCGGAAAAAAAACACAUUUGAUUUGACCAUCCUCACGGCGGGUGAGAUUUUUUUGAGAAAUGGCUCCCAAAACCAUCAAAGGUGCUUUGGGAAUAAUGCUGGAGGAUCUGUCAGAACAGAACUUUGAGAAGUUCUGCAGCCAGCUGCUGGAUCGUAGGGAGGAGCCGAGAGUCCGACGCAGGCAAGUGGAGGGAAAAAACUUCCUCGACAUUGCAAAUGUCCUGGUGUCUGUCUUCACUGAGGACAGAGCUCAUGUGGUGGCCGUGGAGUUGCUGAAAGGCAUUACCUGCGUGGAAGAAGCUGUGGAACUCGAGAAAGUAAUCGCUGGACUAUCCUCACCACCUAGACCCAGUGACGCUACACAACCCUCAGCCGGAGCAACUGGUGGUACCAUGGCAGAGGACAAGCAUUUCGUGGACAAACAUAAACUCGAGCUGAUCGACAGAGUGAGCAACACUGCACCCAUUCUGGAUGAGCUCCUCGAACAAGGUGUCAUCACACAUGAGAAAUAUGCUGAUAUCAGAGCUCUGCCCACCUGUCAAGGGAAGAUGAGAGAGCUCUACUCUGGCUGCCUGAGAGCUGGAAAAGAGAGCAAAGAUGUCUUCUACCAGAUCCUCAAGAAACAUGAGGCAUAUCUCAUAAGGGACCUGGAGAACAACAGCUAGAUUUAGAGAUGAAAUCCUUUUUAGACCAAACAAAAUCCUUCUUGAAAAAAGUGAAUUCAUAUUGAUUUUAAUUCUGUAUCUGUGUGGGUUUCACUUUUUACCACCGUACAUUAAUGUUAAAUCCAGAAGUGUUUCUUUUUAUGCAAUAAUUUAAUGAGAUUUGAUUUAAAUCAAAAUAAAACCCAAUUUAUCAAAUUUUGAUUAUCAUGCAAAAAAACACGAAUGAGGAUUCCACCAAAGUUUGAACUUUAUUAUAAUAAAUGAAAUGCUACUCUGUUAUUAAUCCAAAUUAUUCAUGUAAAUUCAAGACAACAUCUUCAUUUCUCAGGUUUUUAAAAUCUCGUCUUAUACUGUUUUACUCUGUAAGAAUCAGUUAACAUUUGGGAAGUCUUUAAACAACCUUUUUCCUUUGAGAUUUGUAUUUUUCUUCAAUAAAUUCCUCUGAAUUCGUUGUGUGGUUCUGACAUCUUGAGUCUUGUUAAACAUAUUCAAAGUUCUUAAUUAAAGUAGACCGUAAUCUUUG